AUGCGGCUGAAUCUACUUUGCACGUUUCUAUUGCUGAGUUUAGGCCUGACAGGUAAGAGAAUGCAAUUUGUAUUUACUUACGAAACAACAGGAAGUCUCCGGCUUAUUUUUCACUUGUCUCUUCUAAUCAAAACAAUCAUCAACUAAUUAUUUAAGGAGACAUAUCCAGAAGUAUUUGGCUUCUAGUCUCAUUAUUUUUUAUUCAUUAUGUAACCGAGAGUGUAUAUAUGUGUAUAGGCAUAGGCAACGCGUAAUUAAUCAUAUGCACCUGAUCAUGUGAAGAAAACAUUUCAAGAAAUCAUAUUAUUUCUUGAAUGCUAAUUAUAAUUGACCUUAAAGGCUUCAAAGACUGUCGCUUUGUUUUUAUUCUCGGAAAAAUGGCUUUCAUAGCCAUACUUUCACCAUACUAAAACAUGGAACGAUAAACCGUUGAUUCGGUCUGUGACGCACCGUUGACCAGUACAGGGUGGUUGUGUAAUUACUUUCUUCGACUGACUGGUUUCUACUGGAUCAAUUUUGUUAUGAUCGUUGGUGUUGUCGACCCUGCUGUAGCUCUCGAUUCUAAUCAUAGGGAGUUUCUCUGAGAGCUAAUCUAGCUAGGCGGUUUUCGGAAGAAACUUUUACUGUGACCAUGACAUGCUGCUUUUCCAGCUCUAGCUGCAUUCUGAACAACAACAACCAUUCGGAAUUCCGUCUAACGUCCAACGAUUUUUUAUACUGCCGCGUUUCUUACUAAAAUGCGGUUUUUCGGAUUCUCGAAUAGUCCUUUGUUCUUAACUAGUUCCCCUCUCCAGCGGAAUGUCGGUUGACUGACGGCUACGCUGGAAAUCUAGUUUAGCUAGCAUCACAACGCAAACAUUCCUGCGCAACAAAAGGUCAUGCCUCUUUAUAAAUCGCUUUUAGCUGUAGGGAAUCGGCAGCUUCGCACAUAUUGCUGUAACCUCUGCAAAGCGGAUCAAUGAUGAUAGCGGAGCAUUUGCAAGCAUUAGGAGGUACUUGUGAAUACGUUGCGGUAUCUUAGUCCUCACAUAGCUUCGACCUACCUGUCUUGCAUAGUGAUAAGCGGUGGAUUAUGAAUAAAGGAGGUGGCUGAAAUCCGUACUCGAGAAUGCUUUUCGACUUCACUGCACAAACUUAAUUUCGGUUAAACGAACGUUGUUUGCGCACCCUUUUUGUCUUUCGCACGUGUUUAUUGCUAUUGCCAUUCGUCUCAUCAAAAGCGUGAAGAGGUAGUUCGUUUAGAGCUUGCUCCUACAAAGUCCAUGGAAAUGUUGAAAUGACUCUUGGACUUUCGGUCUUUGUCGCUGGAGCGGAGAAUUACUUAAGUUUUUCAAAUCCAAUGCCGCAAAUGUUUACGUAUGGAGAGCUUCCCUCAUAUAAUUGAGGUCAUCUUUAUCAGGCAUUAUUAUAGUUGUAGUCGAUAAAAGCAAACGGCUACGGCGGGCGUUAUCGGCAGAGGAAACUGUAAACUUUAAUUAACAAACAACAGUUCGAACACAGAGGCGAAGGCAACUGAGAGAUCACUGUUUUAGAGACACUGGUACAUCCAGGGUAAAGUGAGGGCAUUUGUAAGUCUGCCACCUGCUACCGCGUUGAAUCUAAACCAACGACCGAUUCUUGAGAGGCGAAUGCUUUUGUGAUGGCUCGUACAUGUUGCAACAGCUUCAAUAGGCGACCUAUUUUUUUCUUAUCCCUCUUUCGCUGUCUAAUUUCAUUUGAUCACUUGUGAGUUCGUACGAGCCUUGAGUAGCUUGUAGCGUAACAUGUCCUCAUUUUAAAGCGAGAUCUUUCAUCACUGUUUUCACACAUUCAGCACACGCCAUUUCAUUUUUCAAAAGAUAGGAGAGUGUACUAACGCCUUGGUUCAUGGCUUCUCGUUGUUCCAUAGCACAAAUAAUAAGUAAUUUGUGGACAGUAGUCGUGACUGUUCAAGUAUUAUUUCUAACUCUAGAGGACAGACGCAAGGCCAGUCCUCGUCAACCAAACGUAUCUCACACCCUUUGGUAUCGAUAAUUCUUGAUAUUGAGUUCUGGACCGGAAUCCCAAUGCAAAAAGUACCGACAAUAUCCACCACCAUUCUUCUAGAAGUCUAUAUUAUUUCGAGGGGGGUGUUAUUCCCCUAUUCUUCGAAAAGCUAGAAGAUCUCCCUUCCUUCUGCGCUUCUAACCAUGGCUUUCGUGACCUUGACUAAAGUGCCACCCUUUUGAAGACUGAGCGUGUUCCUAAACGUUCUGAUUUUAUAUUUCAAGUCAACCGAUGAGUAUUGGGACAAAUACGCACUGGUCAAAUUUUUUACCAUACGCAUACCUCCACAAAUAAGAUGCUGAAAUUUAUGACCCAUGUAGUCGGUCUAGCUUUCCAUUCAAAUAUUUAACCAAGGAUGCCUGGGUCUACACAACACUGCGCGACUCAAUUGAGAUUUCGGAUAACUUCUUACCUAUCUUCUGUAAGCGGUAUAAUUCUGCAAAAACCAUCGUGAUCCUUUAAAUUAGUGCACGAUGAAUAUUUCGAAGCAAGUGACCACAAUUGCUUUUUUAAAAAGGGUGUUCUAAGUCAUUGUCAUAGGUUUCCUUCCGAAGUUAAAAACAUUUCAUCCUCGUCUGCCUUGCUAAACCAAAAUGCGCUGUAGUCACUAUUUGUUCGACUCGAUACCUAGCGUUGUCAUAAAAGAAAUUUGCGUUACCGUUUUUUCGGAUUUUGACACUGCUCUCAUGGUAAGGUAUUUUAAUUUACCGAUACUAUCGUCAAUUUGUGAUUUUUCCAGGCGCUAAUAUUGUCAGUCCAGCUGAGUUCAAUGUGACUGCAACCAGUUCAAGCACUGUUUUGCUAACAUGGAAAUCCAGUGAAGCUGAUCUGGGAUCGAUCUUCUCCUACCGAAUCCAGUACAAAAAAUCCUCUGACACUGAGUUCCAUUGGGUUAUUUUGGAUUCAUCUGCCGAAAAAUAUACAAUAUCGCAACUCGAUGCAAACACCACGUACGAUGUUUCCCUUCAGGCCCUCGGUUUGUUGGAAGAUGGAGAAGUCAUAAACAAAUCAAUUUCAACAUGUCCUGGUGGUGCGUACAUCUUCACUUAUAUGUACUUAUCUUCACUUCAUACGAAACAAUUUGUUUUAAAUAUACGUGACAUUUCCAACAUUAAGUGAGACUACGUAUGGGAUUAGGUGGACCCCAUUCAUGACAUUGAAGGUGUGUUAACACUCGGAUUUAUAGCUUCAAUCUACCUCGUCAUCGUUCAUGGACGCACAUUAUCCUGAACCGCGGGUUGAACGUACAACGGUCCUCACUUUUGCCUAUUCCCCAUGUAGUGGUCGAGGUGGAUUUAACAGAUGUAAAGCAUACCUCAGCUAUAGGUUUUAAGUCAUUUUUGCCAGCGUGACCUUUGUCAUCACCAGUCGCCUGAAUUCUAACUCCGAACUGCCAUAUGGUCUGGGAUAGACAGAGCGAAGACAACCCUAUACUGAUCUAAUGACAAAGUUAUUGACCCGUCACAACACGUUAAAUGUGUCAGCUUCGAAAGCUACCUAUUAACAAUGUAGUUUUUCCCGUCCUCGGCCUAAAGGCCUUUAGAGUAUCCCUCAUCCUUGUGAGACUGGCUGGCUCGUGUGUUUACGUGGUUUAGCACCUGUAAAUUCGGAAUUUGCAACGUCGACCAUUGCGGCCACAGACAUACCCAAUCAUCUCGACUUUGACCUGCCAUUUGCAUACAAUAAGUGUUGAAAUAGAGAGAAUGGCGUAGGUACUGUUCGAGUUUUGUCCGCCUAAAACCAAUGGUCUUGAAAGUCGCCAUUGUACCCUCCAUACAGAAGAACUCCCAGCAGAGGAGAGCGACCGAAGAAUACGGACGCCAGUAUAAUUACGUAAGAAUCAGACACCGAUAGCAACAUAUUUGUCAUGGACUAGCUGACAUUUGUAGUCACUGUGAAGAAGGGUAUUGCAUAUGCUAUACCGUAUCUGUUAAUAUUUUGAUUACCUGUCUUAAGUACAAAGUAGAAGCCUGUUGAUGAUUGGUUCUGUUAACUGCAUUAUAUUAAGGCAGCGUACGUAGGUAGUACUGUUUGGCAGGUGACUGACAGAUUCGCCGAAAUGUAUUUCACCACCUAUUCUUUCGUGUAUGUUGAGGAAAGACUUGUUUAAGGCCACCUGAAAAAGGCAAAACACCCCCCCUAAAACUUGUUUCUGUGCAGUUCCCAGUACGGUUUCGCAAAUCAGUCUCUUGGGAGUCACUAAGGACUCUGUGAACCUAACGUGGAAAAAUCCGACCGAGUACUUUGGGAAACCUAAUUCGACCCUCCUUGAGUACUGGACACCGGGCAAACAAAGCAAAACCUUCACUGUAGAUGCAUCUGCUACGAGUCACACGCUCACUGGCCUGAACGCAACUUUACCGUACUACGUCAACGUGGCAGCCCGCACUGAAUCCGACUCCAACGGCUGUGGCGGGGGCACCGGAGUCAGGAUCCUAGGAGGCCUUUUCUACACACUUUCUGAGGGUAAGUGUCAAAAGUCGCUGAUAGUGUCCUUGCAUUGCGCGGUAAGCAUUCAUGCAGUCAGUACCGCUGCGUUUGGUGGGAAAGACCGCACUGCCUCUUAUUAUUAUUUCUUCCCUACAGUUGAAUUUCCCCCGGUGGGAGGAAAGUUGACCGUAACGGGUCCUUUCUCCCUCAGAAGGGACUGGAAUGCCCCAAAUACCUCAGACCCUCGCAUCAUGGCGCUGACUUAUCUUGUGACUGGUGGAACACGAGGUCCCAGAGCCGGUAUUCUGCCGAUGACCGCUCGUAGCUUGAGCAUCAACAAUCUGGAACCCAACACUGCAUACACUGUCGACAUCAUCAUAGGUAGCGUUUACACCAGGUCUGGCAGCCCACUGACAGCUAAAACCGCGCCCGGAGGUAACCCAUUUCUUUUUUCCUUAUUUUGCUUUUUUAUAUAAAGUUAAAAGGCAUUGCUUUUAACGCCAUUUCAGCCACCCUUAGCAACACUGUCUAACUACAUUUUCUUUGGUCAGCCGACUCAUUAAGACCGAAAUAGUCCGCCCUCCCCUCCCCCCAUUGGUUCAAGCCUUUUGUUCACUGGAGCUCAAUUAACGUACUUCUCGGGACGAACCAGUCACGUGAGAGGUUUGGGUGGAAGGGAUAAGCUAGUGCACUGAUAGUCAACAGAAACUGCACUGGUUUUCCUUACGGUAUAAAAAUAUCUAUCUGCUUCUAGACGGCCUCUUCUUAGGUUCCUAUGCAGCGAUCAGGAGCUUAACCCGCAUAACUGUACAAAAAGAGCAUGUAAUGCUGACCCUAUUUACGAGUUAGUAAUCCAUUUAACCAAUUAUUUAUCCACAUAUGAAUGGCAUACACUGUCUUUCGAUUGCAGGACAGAAACUAAUAUUUUGGGUAGACAGCCCACACAGGCGGUGCACAUGACGUCUACCAGUAACUAGUGGAUUGGUUUCGCUGACAAAACCGGCGUCACUGGAAUAGCCAUUUCUGAGUUAUUUUCCGUCCUGAACCAAUGACACCCAUGUCAGCUGACCAUCGAGCAACGGUCCCAUCACUGAACUGCCUUGUUUUUGCUGAGGAGUCCUUCUCAACUAGAGAUUUAUUUUCACCGAGCAUUAUCUCCUUAAGUACAGUGCGUGACCGAUCUCAUGAAAUGUUGGCAGAAAUUCUGAAAUGUGUUUUCAAUUAGGAAGGAUUACUUAGGUGGGGUUGUAAUAUUGAUUAGCAUGCAGCAUAAUCCUAUAGUAUUUCGGACUCGUCAGGAUGUCGGCUUUUCGAUGCACUCCUUUACGACCUUCUGCAAAAAAUGACAACUUAAGUAACACGCAUUUUUCAUACUGAUUUUCGAUGAUCUUACUAAUCCAAAUAUAUUUUAUAGAAAAUGUGCGCAAAAAUAUGCCUUCUUUUACUUGUUCGCUAGGAAAUCACACUGUCUUCAUAUUUUAUACCCAAAGUAAGCGUAUACUUAAGUUUUAAAAAGUUUCUGAUUAUGACAUUUUAAAGACCUGUGAUGUCCAUAUAUAAAACAUCGUACAUGUCAGUUUACUAAGGCUUCUCAUGAAAUGUACAACACAGUGCGGAUCUAUCGAGAAAUUUCAUGAAAUCUAUAUAGUAUCUUCUUAAAGGCAGAGAGGAAUAUAUGAUUCUCCUUACGCGGAAAGCAUGCACAUUGUAAACUGAAAUUGCUAAACGCUAAUACAAUGGCAGAUCUGGCUCAGAAUUAUUCGGGAAUUGGAAAACUUGUUCCAAACCUAAAUAUACACUUACUUUAGGUAUAAAAUAUUAAGUACAUUGCCAGUCUGCAGUGUCAAUUCAUUCAAACAAACUCCGCCCUUCUCCCCUCCUAUUCCACCCCCUAGUGCCUGGAGCGCCGACUAACCUAACUGUUACCAAACAAAACAACAACGAUCUGGAGGUGCAUUGGUCAGCACCCACGAAUCCACCGGGGGUUAUUGAUCACUACGUCUGUUCCCUCUACUCUGGCGACCUCCUAGUGAAGACUGAGUACCCGAGGACAACAGGGCACACCUUUUCUGGCCUAACCGUUGAGCGCGUCUACAGGGUGACUGUGGCUGCCAGUGUACGCCCGAAUGAUGAAGGUCUCGGUGGUGGUUCUGGCCCUGCCGCUGAAAGUGACCCCAUCUUCAUGCCAGAUCCUUCCAGUAGGUCUUCUUUGCCCUUCUCCACCACCCAAUUUUUUCCUGCUGGGGGAAAAUUUCAAAAUAUUUUCUACAUUUUUUCCUGUUUAGAGCCCCAGCUUGGUCCUCCCACCAUCUUGGCUGUGGAAGCAGCGGGUACAGAUGCCAUUUCAGUGAAAUGGGAUCCUCCUACUCUAAAUACCGUCGGUGUGUACGGAUACAGCAUCAAUUUCACUGACUCCGACGGCCAAACCAUCUCCCGGUUCGCACCCUCUCAACUCACUUUCUAUAUCAUGACGGGUCUAAAGAGCGACGAGUUUUACAAUGUGACUAUGAAGAGCAUCGGCCUGUUGCAAGACAGUGAAAUCUCCAAGGCAAAGGGGAACCGCACAUUAAUAGGGCGUAAGUAUCCUUCAGUUGACCUUGGCCUUACUUUUGGCUGUUUUUAUAAAUUAUCGAUUCGUUAGGGUGAACUCUUUCCUCGCGAGGUAAGAGGGGGCCCUUCAAUAAUAAGCUGUUGCAUGUUGACUGCGGUCCCUCUAAUCGGCAAAACCGACGGAGUUUCCGACCCUGAAUGUUGCCUGAGGAAUACAAAAUCGCUUGUUUUGUAAUUUCCUCAAAAAUUAGUGCAUUAACCUAGAGUAAAUCCUUCAGAACAAGCCUUCUCGGACUCCAGUCUAGACUUAAAAUGUGUAUUUUGACUUAAAUCCAUCAUUUCCAGCGGAACAACCUCUCAACAUGCAUAAGCCGCCAACAGUCAGUAGGCUUAAGCUGUUUCAUGAUUCACUGUACUGACCGAGCCUGAAAAGGUUAGUCCUGAAGGUUUGGAGCAAAUCCUUCAGAUCCAACUUUUCAAACCAGUCCCGAAGGAGCCAUUCUUAGUUAACGCAUCAGUUUCUGGGGAGUCUUCCGGGUGGAAACUUCAAAACUGGAGUUCAGAUCGGAAAGCACGUGGAGUCCAUUGGUGGAGACCCACUGAUGAGCCGAUAACUUCAUAGUUGAGCUAUGCAGCCCCAGAAAAUCGGUGAAACACUUGGCUGGAUUUCCUAACUGUCAUUCUUGUAAACUCUCCUCUUAUCCAGAGGACUUAGAGCGUUCCGUGGGGUUUCGGAAGAGGAAUGAGUUCAAGUUACUCUGUAAGUGGUCCUUUUCCCUUAAGGACGAGAUGAAAACUUGUACGCGACACUCUCGGCAUCGAUCUUUUUUCUCCGUAUGUGACCUAUGGUACACUACUUCCACCAUGUUAUUCUCCCCAGUAAGAGUUAAGUAUAUUCGGGGAGUAAGGAAAAACUAUGGAGGACCGCCUACUAUAUUUUUCAAAGGUGUAGUUCUGCAGAAUUUUUAGUCGGCCAUUCGUCGGCAGGACGACAUUGGCUGACUUCUACCUCCCCGAGGAACCGGGGCUGCUGAAAUCUCUACAUUGGCUCAUUAUUCUUCACGCCCCACACGUAAUUCUUUAGAAAGAGGAAACUCACUUUUAAAAAGUUCGGUGCGGAAAGAAGUCGGGUAGUGAAAAAUCUCGAAAUAACGGUAGAUGGAAUUACUACGUCUGCCAGACAAGCAGAAGUGCUAAAACGCUGGUAAAUUUACUAAACAGCGUUGGAAUUUUCUCACCCCACGCAUACACUUGAUCACUUCCUUCUCUCCUUUAAAUAGUGUGCGGGUUCAUGCCCUCAACACAUUACUGUACAUCAAAAGCUAAUGCAUUACUUUAUUUACUGGGCGUAAUCCACCACUUUCAGCGCUUUGCCUAUGCCUUUCGUACAAACAUCCUUACAUUGUUAGGUUGUCUCUCAGUUGAAGGACAAUAAAAGCAGAAGCGUCGCUUUCUUUUUAGGGCAUUUAGUAUACGUGAUGAUGUCUAAAGCAUGUCCGAUCCUGAAGAACAUCAAAACAUGGCACCUUUGGCGACAACGAACAUAGUUUCAUUGGGCGGUGGGGGGUUUCGAGUGUUAACUCCAAUUCAACAGUUAAUGGUGGCAUUCCUCUGAGUGUUUAUUCCUAACGUACUGUCGUUUUCAUCUGACAGCACCGUCACCUCCACAGAAUGUGCGUGCUACUAUCGUCCUGCCCAAUACUGCAGAGGUCACCUGGUCUGCGCCAGCCCAAUCUAUAAACCCAGUCACUGGCUACGUGGUAGAGGCCCUACAGGGUGGCACCAUUCUCGGCACUCAGAAAGUACCUGCUGACACUCUAAAGGCCGCCUUCGUAUUGCCCAGCUAUGCCGAGGUCAAGUUCCUGGUUGCAGCAGAGUCCUCCAGUGGUGUGAGUGCCUCCACGUCUUCCAAUGUCGUUUUCACCAAAGGUGAGUCAUGCUGUGCUAUUCAACCCUCCUACCCUUCCCUGUGCAUGUCCAGAGCUCAGACCUCUUAUGUCUUUAAACGCAGACUUUCCUUUCCUUGAGGAUGAGGAGAUGACCAAGUGGAUCAGCAAUACCCGCUUCAUGAUCAUCCUUCGUGGCACACCAGGAGCAGGCAAGGAGGCCGUGGCGCAAUCCAUCCGCUCCCGUUUCCCAUCUGCCAAGUUCUGCUCUGAUGGUGUUGCCCCCAAUCGCCGAGUCAGACGGGGGGCUGCUGGUAGAGCCGCCUGCCUGAACAAUGCGGUGACCUUCGCUAAGGCUGGCUACAGUCCCAUAGUCAUCGACAGUCUAAUCGAGAACGCAGACGAGUGGGAGGGAAAUCCCUAUGUAAAUCUGUCCAUGAAAAACGACUAUAAUGUCCUCCUAGUGGUCGCCCAAACGCCUGGAACUACGGCGUCCGAAGUACGUACCUUAUUGCACAGUGAGAAGAAUAGCCUGUCCGUCGAUUUGGAAAAGAAACGGCCUUCUCUAGCACCCGUCUAUCCUCUCUACUACGGUUGGUUUUGGCCGCCCCGACGUAGUUGCGGUGACAAAGGCUGCAGUCAAACCCAGGACCUUUGGGAUGUGAAUCCGAGCAGUGUGACAAGAGACCUUAUUAACAUUUCACGAGUAGCAUUCGAAACUAUCUUGGCCAACGACAGCUUGCGUGCAACAUUGGCAAAAACUUGCAAUCUUCGGGACGGCUCGACAGUCGAGGAAGUGGCCGAUUUCUGGAAGUCAGCAGUUAAUCCCCUGUUCGGCAAGGCUCCCCCCGAUAAUGAGGGCUAUCCGGCACCUACCAGGCCGCAUGCUACUUCCUACUUCAGCAACUUCGGGGUCCAACCGGGAGCGAAGGAGUAUGCUGAUCUUUUGAUUGUGAACAAGGCUCUCCUCGGUCGAUUAGACAACAUCUCUGUCCUCGGUCUCAUGGUCUCCAAGCGCACGAUUGGCGCUCGUCUAAAACUUGCCGAUGAUAUGCUGCCCUUCUGGCGCCAGAAUGAUUCGGAUGUGGUAAACGGCAGUUUGGGUGGAGAUCGACCCUCGCGACCGGUGGGAUCCCGUGCGCAUGCAACUCUUGCUUUGGCUCACGGCGUUGCUGCUGUGGAGACGGGCUUUGACACAAUGCGGGUGGUUGAUGCGGAGGCGCGAAACUACCCAGACACAGAGAAAAUACUAGUCUCCGACGGUAUCAUCUAUGACAUCAAGAUGCCAUCGACAAAGUCCGGCGAGACUAGCGAACACAUCUUCUACUAUGAGUUUAGCCAGCCGCACUCCCAUCGUGUCAUCUUCACUUCUUUCUACUAA